AUGUUUUUUCUCCUACAGAUAAAAUCUGGGGUAAAAUUCCAAUGGUAUUGAUAAUAUCUUUGCAAUGAAAUUUAAAACUUUAAAUUGAAAUUUAAAAAAUUAAAACUUUCAGAUAACCAAGAUGUACUUUCAGUGGGAUUGGCUGUGCUUGGGUGUCCUGGUAAUUAGCUCAGUUACUGCAGAAACUGAAAACAAAGAAACUCUGGAUUCCAGUGUUGAAGUAGAGGAUUUUGACAAGCAGUCUCAAGAAGCUGAUGUUGAUGGAGGUAAAUCUUCCUUAGAGGUUGUGUACCGGACUCCAGAGCCAACAGGGGAAGUGUAUUUUACAGAAACCUUUGAUGGAGUAUUGGCUGGGUGGGUGUUGUCUAAAACGAAGAAAGAAGACACAGAUGAAAACAUUUCUAAAUAUGAUGGUAAAUGGUUUUAAUGUUCAUUUCCACCGUAUGGUUUCUGAUGUUCUGUUGUUCUUUGAGAAGCAGCUACCUCUUAUACUGAACUUUUCUUUAAAAACUUUGAAAAAAGUUUGUAUAAUGACUGUUACCCUGAAACAGAGAUGUGAAAUUUUGCUCAUUGGGUCACCUAGUGUGAAGAUAAUUUUCUGGUUUUGUCAUCCCAACAAUCUAU